AUGCCUCCCAAGAAGGCUGCUGCCGCAGAGAAAAAGGUUUUGCUCGGUCGUCCCAGCAAUAACUUGAAGAUCGGUAUCGUCGGUCUCCCGAAUGUUGGAAAGUCAUCUUUCUUUAAUGUUCUAUCCGAUACCGAUUUGGGAAAGGCUGCCAACUUUCCAUACGCAACAAUCAACCCAGAAGAAGCGCGUAUACCCGUGCCGGAUGUGCGUUUUGAUUGGCUUUGCGAUCUGUACAAGCCCGCCUCGCGCGUGCCUGCUUUCCUCACCUGCAUUGAUAUUGCAGGCCUUACAGCGGGUGCAUCAACAGGUGCAGGACUUGGAAAUGCAUUCUUGUCUCAUGUCCGCGCUGUCGAUGGUAUCUUCCAGGUGGUCCGUGCCUUCGAUGACGCCGAAGUCAUCCAUGUAGAGGGCGAUGUUGACCCUCUCCGUGACAUGGAGAUCAUCCAGACAGAGCUUCGUCUCAAAGAUAUUGAGUGGGUCGAGAAGCACCUUGAUGGCCUUAAGCGCACUGGUCGAUCGCUUGGCAACAACAGUUUGGCGGAUAAGGCUAAGAAGGAAGAAAUCGCAACAGUUGAGAAAAUCUAUAAGGCCCUUACCGUCGAUGGCAAGGAUGUGAGGAAGUGCGAGUGGAACAAUAAAGAGAUCGAGGUCGUCAACAGCCUUACCCUACUAACCGCCAAGCCUAUCACUUACCUCGUCAAUCUUAGUGAGAAGGACUACAUCCGCAAGAAGAACAAGUGGCUAGCGAAGAUCAAGGGCUGGAUUGACGCGCACAACCCCGGCGACCCCCUCAUCCCAUUUUCCGUAUCACUGGAGGAGCGUCUUGCGCAGCUUCCAGACGAUGAACGUGCCGAGGCUCAAAAGGAGCCAGGAGCACAGAGCGCCCUCGGAAAAAUAACACAGGCGGGAUACUCCAGUCUUGACCUGAUCCGCUACUUUACCUGUGGACCUGAUGAAGUGCGUGCAUGGACGAUUCGCAAGGGGACAAAGGCACCUCAGGCGGCCGGCGUUAUCCACUCGGACUUUGAGAACAAGUUUGUUUGCGGUGAAAUCAUGACGUAUGAGGACCUCAAGGAGCACGGAAGCGAAGCUGCUGUUAAGGCUGGUGGUAAACUGAGACAGCAAGGCAAGCCUUAUGAGAUGGUGGACGGAGAUAUUGCUUACUGGAAAUCUGGUUGA